AUGUCUGAAGAUAUUGAAGAGACACUUAAACAGAGAGUGAAGAAAAGUCCAGCCUAUGCUAUUAUGACAGAUGAAGCUACAGACAUCUCCAAUAAAAAACAUCUCGCUUUCUGUGCAAAGUAUGUCGACGAAGCAGGUGAAAUAAAGGUUGACUUCAUCAAAGAUGUAAGAGUUGAUAACGGCAAGGCUGAGACAAUAUUCAAGGAAACUGUGGAAUUAGUCCAAGAUGAAAUAAGGGUUGACAACUUUGUAGCAUUCGGAAGUGAUGGGUGUAAUACCAUGAUAGGGAAAAAAAGUGGUGUGACAACGAGACUGAAGGAAGUUAAACCAGAACUAGUUACAGUACACUGCCAUAAUCACAGACUAGCCUUAGCAGCAAAAGACAGUUUUCAAUCACUAAAAGAGUUUCAAGAAACUGACGAAGUUCUUUCCAGUGUACAUAAGUACUACAAGUCAUCAUCAAACCGAACAACCUCACUAGAAAAACUUCAAAAUGUCCUUGAAGAUUGUGACACAAAACGUGUGAAACAAGUUGCACAUACGCGCUGGCUUUCUCAUUACGACGCGGUGACAUCUCUGAAAGAUACAUAUGCUGCAGUAAUAAUGGAUCUUGAGAACGCUGUAGAAUCAGGGAAUGAUAAAGUUAGAAUAGGGUCUGGGCCAUCAGCAAGUGGUCUUGCCAAGAAACUUAAAUCGUACCAAACAGUCCAUAUCAUUCACUUCCUCUGUGACGCACUGAAGCCAUUGACUCAAUUGGCUCUGACUUUCGAGACAAAUAACAUUGACUUGUCAGUGAUAAAACCAAAGAUGGAUUCCACAGUCUCUGCGUUAAAAAAGUUGAAAACAUCGCCAGGAGUUAGCUUGCGCAAGGCAUCAAAGCUAAUGGAUGACUUCGAAAUAAGUCCCACCGAACAAAAAAGAAGUGUUGUACAUGCAGCUGAAAACAAAUUCAUUGACAAUCUUAUAGACAACAUAGAGAGUCGGCUACAGAAUAGUGAUAUUAUUGACGCAAUGAGCAUAUUUAACAUGUCAGGGAAAGGGUCUUUUGAUGGAAAUGAUGAAAUUGAACUGUUGGCUGAACACUUCAGUGAGGAUGUAGACUCUGCUUUGUAUGAGUGGGAUUCACUCAAAGACUGUGUAGCUGAACUUGAUCCAGUGGUGAAAAACAGUCCCUCGGCCCUCCUUAAGACACUUAUGACAGUUUCCCCCACUACCGGUAACACCUAUCCUGUUGUGACAAAAUUAUGUUCAACAGCCGCUGUUCUCCCCGUCAGCACUGCUGAGGUUGAGCGUGUAUUCUCAAGUGUAAAUAGAAUUGUGACAGACUUAAGAAAUAGGUUAAGUGUGGAAAACACAAAUAAACUUCUGCAUGUGAUAAAAAAUGACCAAUACAUCAAUUACCAAGCAGUGGUUAAGAGAUGGCUGAAGGCAAAGCCUCGUAGAAUUUGA